AUGGUGACAACAAGUGUAGGACCACAAGUGUUCAUUAAUUUCCGAGGAGAAGAGCUGCGUAACACCUUCAUCUCUCAUCUCCAUUAUAGACUGAGACGCGAUGGGAUCAACGCUUUUAUGGACAAGGAUGAAGACGCUGGCCAAGAUCUCAAUAACCUUUUCAAAAGGAUCGAGCAGUCGGAGAUCGCAUUGGCGGUUUUAUCGAGUAAGUACACGGAGUCACAUUGGUGUUUGGAGGAGCUAGUUAAGAUAAAGGAAUGUAGCAUGAAAAGUGAGGGGCGCAAUAACAAAUUAUUGGUCAUUCCAAUCUUCUACAAGCUGAAGACAUCCACGGUGGCGGAACUCGAUGGAGACUUCGGUCUUAAUCUGUGGAAUCUCUGGAGGUUGCCUGGUCCCGGUCGUGAUCGAGACAACCGGAUCGUUAAGUGGAACGAGGCUUUGGAGGAUGUUCUCAGCAAAAAAGCCUUGAUAUGGGCAGAAACAGAAACCGGGUACGUAUUAGUUUUAUAG